AUGUCUGAAUUACAACUGUCAAAAUCUAAUAAUCGUAAAGAUGAAAUUAAUGGAAAUCAUUCCCCAAAAUCCGUUUUACCAAUAAAACGUUCCAAACUUGUUCCUUCUGGUUCAUCUACAACAAAUCACAUCAGUGCAGCAUUACCUAGAGAUUUAAUAGAAACUCCAUUACAAACUCGUGCUGCAUCACCAUUAAUUUUAAAUCCACCAAUUGAUAGUGAUGGGUUAUCAUGGCCAUCUCAAGGAGCUAGACAAAGAAUCGAACAAAGUCCAGAAGAAGCCAAGGCAAGAGAAGAAAGAAUUGCUGAUGCUGUUAAAGUUAUAUUGGAAGAAUUAGGUGAAGAUACUACUAGAGAAGGAUUAUUAGAAACUCCUGAACGAUAUGCUAGAGCAAUGUUGUAUUUUACCAAAGGUUAUGAAGAUAAUAUUCGUGAUGUUAUUAAAAGAGCAGUAUUUGAAGAAGAUCAUGAUGAAAUGGUUAUUGUUCGUGAUAUUGAAAUUUAUUCCCUUUGUGAACAUCAUUUAGUUCCAUUUUUUGGUAAAGCUCAUAUUGCUUAUAUUCCAAAUAAAAGAGUCUUAGGAUUAAGUAAAUUAGCAAGAUUAGCUGAAAUGUAUUCAAGAAGAUUUCAAGUUCAAGAAAGAUUAACUAAACAAAUCGCCAUGGCUUUAAGUGAAAUUUUAAAACCAAGAGGUGUUGCUGUGGUUAUUGAAGCCACCCAUAUGUGUAUGGUUAGUAGAGGGGUACAAAAAACUGGAUCAAGUACUACCACUAGUUGUAUGUUGGGUUGUUUUAGAGAUCAUCAAAAAACUAGAGAAGAGUUUUUGACUUUAUUAGGAAGAAAAUAA